AUGGCGCCCCUCACAAAUGGUAUGGCGAAUUGGUCGCAGGACUCAGUCCAAAAUAACCAAUCGAUACAAAGCUCUCGGUUCUCGGAUAUCCCACCAGCGAUCGAUAUCCCCGUCUUUGGUGAAGAUGACCAAGCAGUCGAAGUCAAUCUGGAGGAGUUGCUGGACGAUACCACCGAACUAUGUCAAGUCAUGGAAAAUGAAAAGUCGGCGAAAAAUCUAUGGAUCACGAUCGCUAUGGCAUACGCAAAGCAACAGCAGAAUGACCAUGCCAUCGACAUCCUCCACAAAGGGCUGAUUUCGCUAGGAAGAAGCGGCCCGAAGGACAAGAUUGGUCUUCUGGGCUGCUUGUGCUGGCUCUACCUGCUGAAAAGCAGACACGCUCCCAGGGUACCACCAGAGAGUCAGCUCGUGUCAGAAGCGAAAACAAAAGAUCACUUCCUACGAGAGGCCACUACCGCUAUCAAUGACGCCUCGCGGCUCAACCCUGCCUUUCCUCCUCUUUACCUUGCUCGAGGCGUUCUAUCAUUGCUACGAGCCUCGCUGCAGUCCUCUUCAAAGUCUGGUCCUGGCACUGGAGACGUAGAGCGCUCGGAAUCGUUGCGGCAAGCUCUUAAGUGCUUCGAAGAUGCUUUCAAGUCCUCCGGCAGAAGAAACAUGAUGGCUGUCCUAGGGCGGGCAAGGGUCCAAUAUUUACAGGGUAAAUAUGCAGACUCGUUGCAAUCAUAUCAGGAAGUGCUUUCAAAGAUGCCGAGUCUCACAGAUCCUGAUCCUAGGAUAGGGAUCGGCUGUUGUCUUUGGCAGCUCGGUUUCAAAGAAAACGCAAAGCUAUCGUGGGAAAGAUCUCUAGGACUGAAUGCUAAAUCUAAAGUUGCGAACGCCCUCCUUGGAAUCUACUACCUGAGCGAAAGUUCCAAGUAUAACGCUAGCGAUCCUCAGUUUGGUCCGCUUUACAGAAAAGCCAUGACGGAAUACACCCAGCAAGCAUACAAGAUCGAUAAGAAUUUUCCUCUGAGUUGCGCAACAUUUGCCAAUUACUUCCUUUUAACCACACGCUACCAGACAGUGGAGCCUUUGGCAAGGAAAGCAAUCGAACAAACAGAUGUCAAUGCUAUAGCAAGUGAUGGCUGGUUCACGUUAGCAAGAAAAGAGCAUGAACUGGAGGACUACUCGAAAGCAAACGAUUACUAUAACCGAGCAGAUCAGGCCAGAGGAGGGUUAGAUAAGGGUUACUUGCCGGCUAAGUUUGGUGUUGUCCAAGCAUUAAUUCAAAUGCAGGAUCUUGAUGGCGCCAAAUUUCGCCUUGAGAAGCUUCUGCAAUCGUCGAAAAGUCUUGAGGCUAUGACCCUUCUCGGAUGCCUGUAUGCCGAAGAAGUUUUCGCGGCUCAAACUUCUCCAACAAAAGAAGACAAAUCUGCAGAGGCAAAGAAGGCCAUCAAUUUUCUAGAAGUGGUUAGGAAAUCGUGGAACGACGAGAAGAUCAAGGCAAAGCCGGAUGAGUCUGUGCUGCUCUAUUUGGCUCGUUUAUACGAAGUGACACAGCCCAUUGAAAGUAUGAAAUGUCUUCAACUUGUCGAACAAUUGCAGUUGGAAAAGAUUGAUGAGGCCGACAAGCCACAAUUGACUGACGACGCUGCUCUGUAUCUCUCUCAGCUUCGCGAACAUCUUCCUCCACAACUUCUAAACAACAUGGCUUGCUUCCAUUACGCCUCUGAGUCCUAUGAUACUGCACUCGAAACUUUCCAGAUUGCUCUUAACGCCUGUGUCAAGACGACUGAAAAGCAGGAAGCUGAAAAUGCAGAUCCAAAUAACCCCUCUACAGAAGCGGACAACACUGAUACUGAUGCCUUGGUCACCACUAUCUCGUACAACCUGGCUCGCACCUACGAAUCGCUCUCUCUGCUCCCGGAGGCACAGAAAGUUUAUGAAGGCCUUCUCGCCCGCCAUCCUGAUUACACGGAUGCUUCUGCACGCUUGACAUACAUUGCGCUUCGUGAAUCUCCCACCUCCGAAGGGCCAAAACGCAUGUCUUCACUCUACCAAUCCGACAAUACCAACGUCGAGGUCCGUGCUUUGAUGGGCUGGUACCUUAACCGCUCGAAGCGACGCACAAACAAUAUAGCUGAAGACCAAGAGCAGCGACACUACAAACACACCUUACAAGGAUACGACAAGCACGAUAAAUACUCACUUACCGGCAUGGGGAAUAUUUAUCUCUUGACUGCCCGAGACAUGCCUCGCUCUACCGACGUGGAGAAGGACAAGCGGAGAAAGAUGUACGAGAAAGCCGUGGAGUUCUUUGACAAAGCGCUCCAGCUUGAUCCUCGAAACGCGUAUGCUGCACAAGGCAUCGCCAUUGCCCUGGUCGAUGAUAAGAAAGACUAUUCAUCUGCUGUACAGAUCUUCGCGCGCGUACGAGACACUAUCCGUGAUGCCUCGGUACACAUUAAUCUGGGCCAUGUCUAUGCGGAGUUAAGACAAUACCAGCGCAGCAUAGAAAACUACGAGAUUGCCCUUAAGAAAGAUGGUCGGAAUUCCGAGAACGCACAGAUAUUGGCUUGUCUGUCUCGAGUUUGGCUCUUGAAGGGUAAAGCUGAUAAGUCCUACACUGCGAUGACGACGGCCCUGUCUUACUCACAACGAGCGCUUGCUGCUCAGCCGGAGAUGGUGCAUUUACAAUUUAACAUUGCAUUCGUGCAGUUUCAGAUCGCGCAGUUGAUCAACAGUUUGCCUGAAACACAGAGGACGAUAGAGGAGGUCCAAGACGCAGCUGCUGGUCUAGAGGAUGCAAUUCAGACCUUCCAGACGAUUGCGAAGGUGAAACAGCCUCCUUAUCCUAGGUCGGCUUUAGAACAAAGAGCAGCCAUGGGCAAGAAUACGAUGCGAAAGCAACUGGAGAGGGCGGAACGGGCGCAGAAGGAAUAUGAGGACAGGAAUCAGGAGAAAUUGGCGCUUGCGCGAGGGAGAAGAGAGGAAGAGUUGAGGCAAAGAGAAGAGGAUGCACGGAGAAGGAGGGAAGAGGAAGAGGAGAGACAAAAGCGUGUAGGCGAGGAGAGGAGAAGAAUGAUCGAGAUGACGCAACGUAUCACGGAACAGCAGGUUGCAGAGCAGGCGGCACGGGAGGCAGCUGAAUGGACGGAGGAUGAGGCCACUGGCGAGAGAGUGAAGAGGAAAGACCUCAAGAAGAAGACUGGUGGCAAAGGCAAGAAGAGAAAAGGCGGAGACGAUGUGGACGACUUCAUCGAUAACGACGGCGAUGGAAGCGGAAAUGAUCUACGCAGUGAGAAAAGUCCCUCACGCACGCCUAGAAGCGACACUGCUGAGAGACAGCCCAAAGGCUCCAAGAGGAGAAGAUUGGACCGAAAGGGCAAAGGUGCGAAAACAAGUAAAUUCAAGAGUUCGGAGAUCGUUGUCGAAAGCGAGAGCGAGGGUGAUGCUGCCAUCGCUGCGACUGCGGGCACUGGUGCCAUCACGCCAGCUGAUACGCCCGGCACCACUAACUACAACGAUGGCGGUCGUGGUGGAUCAAUGAAUGAGGACGAGGAUGAGGACGCCGCGCCCGUAGCUUCGAGACCUCCACGGAAGAGGAAACAGCAUCGUAUGAUUGCUGAUGAUGAAGAUGAAGAAGCGUAUGAACUGGGACGAGGAGGACAUGCCAGUGCUGCGCUGCCUGAAGUCGAUGAUAUGGGAGAGGAGAAUACUGCUUCGUCGACCAAUAUCGAUAUUGCCAAUGCGGCUAUGGCGGCCAUGGCUGCGGAUGGCAAUGGCGAUGUGGACACACCUGGUAGUGAAUAG